AUGGUUGGUGCUGAUGAGAUGGAUUUUCCAUUUGCAGUGGCGACUUCGGUGAUAACCAGCACAGCGGAAGAGGAAGCGCGUGAGCACAAGCUCAUGGCCUUUAGCGGAGGCAUUCCAACGAAGGUCAUCAAAAGUUGCAAGCCAUCUCCAACUGGGUCCACUAUGAGUUACUCCACGUGUAGCUCACCAUAUUUCAGUGACUCUGAAGAAGAAGUUGUGGCGAAAAAGCCAUGUUUAACCAGUCUCAAGGUAGAUCAAGCGGUCAAUACGGAUCUGCCGAUGGCUGAGCCAGCUCCAGUGAUAAAAAUCCCUGACAACGUCAUCCGUCCGAUUCCACUCCUCCCGACUUACACUGUACACCUGAUUACUCACGAUCAAGAUGAUCAAACUGAUAAGAGAGCACCCGAUCACCCUGUGCCAAUCACGGAGGAAGCUCCUGGAAUUCCGGUGAAACUAGAUAAUAUUCAAUUGCCUAAUGUUAGAACCAUAAUAGAUGUCCACGACCAACAAGUUAGACGGCACAGGUAUAGAAAAUAUAUAACCGACGAGCAGUAUAGAAUCGUUUGGCAUGCAACCCCAGCGGAUGAGAAUGCGGAUCAAGUGAAGUUUACGGUUCCAUUCACUGUGGAUAAGAGCAAUUUUAUUAUAAAAGGAAGUUUUGCAACUGUGCCUGCUGGAUUAUGGUCGAGAACAUUGGAAUCGGUGUUACAAAGAGCUGAAACACUAGAAGAUCUCCGAAAAACUAUCAGCGAAAAAGUCCCAAUGAGAACGAGCAGGCCUGCUUACAUGACCGCAUCGAGAAGACACCAAAAUGACAUUCGUAUCCGAUCUACCCGUGAUCACGCGCAUGAAUACUGCAUAGCUGAAUCCUAUUAA